GAGAAAACUAAGCAACCCAAAAUAGCUUUAACAUCUAAAAACACCCACAAUUUUCGAUACAUCUCAGAAAAGAAAUUCAAUCUUUAUCUUCUCAUACUCAUACUCUACCCCAUUAUUCCUCAAAAAUCAAAAAUUGUUUUUCUUUUCUUUUUAUUCAAAUUAAAAUUAUUGAUCAUCUUCCUCAUGCACUCUACUGGCUCAUCUAUUUAAUUUUCUACAAUUUUUCAUAUGAAAAGCCUCUGUAUUUCUGUUCUUUGAUCUCACUUCAACGAAAAGAGUUUCCCAGAAUUUUGUUUCUUCUAAAAAGAUUUUCAAUUUCGAAUCUUUUUGUUUAAAAAUUUCUGGGUUUUGGGUUUUCAGUUCUACUAUUAAAAACUGGAAAAUCUCAUUAAAUAUUCUAGUUUUUUUUUUUUUUUUAAUAAAAGAUUGUAGAAAAUCAAUGUGUUCUUCCUGAAUCCUCUGUGUUUCUUGAUUUUUAGUCUUUUUUUUUUGUUAUAAAAAUAUUGUUUGAUGAUUGAGGGAAGCGAAAUGAAUAACAGUGGUGUUACAGUGGUUGGAUCAGAUGCACCCUCCGAUUACCAUAUUUCUCCGAGAACUGAGACACCCACCAAGCUCCCUACCACCGCACCGAAGCCUCAAUCAAUCACAGCCCAAAUGGCCGCCAUGGCCGCCACUUCUCCGUCUUAUCCGGCGGCUCCACCGCCGGCAGGCGUAACACCAUUAACAGAAAAGAAAAAAAGAGGCAGACCCAGGAAGUAUGCUGAAGAUGGAUCUGUCAGAAAGGCUUUGUCUCCAAAACCCAUCUCCUCCGCCGCGCCUCCGCCGCCGCCAGUGAUCGAUUUCUCCACCGUAAAAAGAGGCAAAAUCCGGCCCGACUCCGCUGCAAAACACGAACAACGACGACCCAAAGAAAUGGAACAACCUUUAGGUGAUUCGGUAUCAAGUGCGGUUGGUGCUAGCUUUAGUCCUCAUAUCAUCAAUGUUAAUACCGGAGAGGAUGUGACAAUGAAGGUCAUAUCAUUUUCUCAACAAGGACCCCGUGCAAUAUGCAUUUUGUCUGCAAAUGGUGUCAUUUCUAGUGUUACCCUUCGACAACCUGACUCCUCUGGUGGUACUUUGACAUAUGAGGGUCGUUUUGAGAUACUCUCGUUAUCGGGGUCGUUUAUUCCAUCUGAAAAUGGUGGAAUAAGAAACAGAUCUGGUGGGAUGAGUGUUUCUUUAUCAAGCCCAGAUGGGCGGGUGGUUGGCGGCAGUGUGGCGGGGCUACUGGUGGCCGCCAGUCCUGUUCAGAUUGUUGUAGGAAGUUUCUUGACCGGUGUCCAAGACGAACAAAAAUCCACCAAGAAACAAAAACCGGAAAACAACACAAUCACAAUUCCCACCACCGCUGCGGUUCCGGUUCCGAUUCCGGUGUCAUCUCCGGUUCCGGUGUCGGGGCCAAUUCCGAUUCCGGUUCCGGUUCCGGUUCCGGCGGCGGAGAACAAGGAGUCGUAUUCUGUGACCACCACAAAACAAAAUCUGUCAUCACCUUCGUUUCGUGGGGAUAGUUGGUCUCCCUAUAAUGCCCCUGAGUCAAGGAAUAAGCCAACGGACAUCAAUGUGAGUCUUCAGUAGUUUAAGGGGGGUAAUUUGGGGAAAUUGACUUCAUUUGGCGAUUAGAAUGAGUUUAAAAUUGUUUGUUUGUAUGUAAAAAGACAGACGAUCGUUGGAUCGAAGCUCUUUUCGGGUUGUUUUAGUUUCAAGUUUGAGUGGUCGAUAGUAGAUUAGUUUUUUAAGUAGAAGUUUAUGUUCGUCAUUAUCAUCAUCAUCAUCAUCAUCAGGUGUUAUCUGUAGGUGAUUUGGAUAUCCAAUUCAUCCCGAGUUAUUUCAUAAGAUAUUUAAUCCCAAUUUAUAGCCU